AUUCAACUAUAGGAAAUGAAAACUUCGAACUACAAGCAUUAAGUCAUCUUUGAUUCCCAUGAAAAACCCAUUAAACUAGACAUGAAGACCUAUCAUAAAUAUAAAACCAAUAUUAUGCUUUAACCUAAAAUAUCUCCUAGAAAAACUGAUAAAGUAAUCUAUAAUUAAAAGAUGGUUAAUGAUUAUGUUGACAUUAUUAACCAUCGAUUGAAAUUAGUUGAUGCAGAUCUUGAUUCCAUGAAAAUUCAACAGAAAAAUAAUUCCAUGUAUAAAUCUAUAAGUUCAUAACAUACAAAAUAAAUAUCACUUAUUGAACCUAUUAAUACGGAUAAGCUUUAUAGUAAAACUAAUCUCGAUAAUCAUUCAUCAUUUAUAAAUAGUCGUAAGUCUCUAACUAAAGAAGAUAAAUUAUAUUUAUUAUCAGAUCCACUUCAAGAAAUGCUCAAAACAAGGCAAUCCAUAACUGAUUUAAGGGCAAUAGAAAUUGAAGGAGACGAAUUUACAUAACAAUAUAAGAAUAAAAUAAAUGAAGAUUAUGAAAAAGAAAUUUGUCGAAAAGAUAUGAUUCAAAGAAGGAUUUUUGAUAGUUAAUUAAAAUAUCAAGGAAACAACUCUAUCAAAUAAUUUAUAUUCCAAUAAAAUAUGAAAGCAUCACAAAAAUUUCAUACUGAACCUAUUGAUAAAAAUAUUCACAUAAUUAAAGAGUUCACUGUCGAUGAUAAAUUCGAAAAACCUAAGUUAUCCAAACUUAUUACCAAUAAUAAAAUGCAUCUGAAUGCUCUUAAAUCUACAGGUAUUAAGUCCUUUUAGGAAUCGGAAAACAAUUCUAGUGCUCAAAGAUUUGAAGAUUUAUAUAAAACAUGCAAUAAUUUCUAUAAGGAAUCUCGAUAAAUUAAAACAAAAAUUAUGAGACUUAAACGUUAAACAUGGAGGAAGUAUUAAAAAAUUUUAUAAAUUGGAGUGUCUUAGAAAGAAAUUAAAUAUGAUUGA